AUGAGGGAUUCUACGAUCUUAUUAUCAAUCAUUGGGUUGAUUGUCCUUUCUAUUGCGUACGUCUCGGCUGAAACCCAAGAUGAAGGGGAAGGAAGCACCCUAGAAUGCAUCUUCCAAGACAACAUUGGUAAUUGUCUGAGAAAGAGACUCGCUAGGGACAUCGACAGGAUCGAAAUUGAAGUAUCUGGGAAGAAAAGUGAACCACCGAUGAGCGAGGUCAUCGAGCAGACCGGAAACUUUAUCGCUGAGUUCGUAAGCGAUGUGCAAGAGGAACUCCAAGAGGACGAAGAGGAGAUCGCUGAACGAGAAGCAGGUGUAGACGGUCAAGCACGUAGAAAGAAAUAUGGAAAGAAGAAGAAGAAGCAUAUGCAAAAGCUGAUGGCCUUAGCAAUGAUGUUCAAGGCCAAGCUCGCAUUACUCCUGCAAAUUAUCUCAACGCAUUUGCAAAUAAAGCUCUUCGUAAUCGCUGUUGUAAGCUUCAUCAUGAACGCAACCAAAUUCUGGAUCGAUCUUAAAAAGAAUCAUCAGCCAUCUAAAGUGAUCUAUUACGAACACGCUCAACAUCAACAUCAUUACGAUCACGAGGACGAUCAUCAUGGUGGUUAUUGGGGAAGAUCUUCAAACGAUUCGCCUCAGGAUAUCGUUUAUAGCUCGUACGUUCCUCAAGAGUAA